CAUCAUCCUUUCCCUUCCACAGUUCCACAGUUCCACUUCACCAUUCAUUAUAACUCAAAUCCAAUACGCUCUUUCUCUUCUGUGCCUUUAGGAUUUCUUAAUCGCUGCAACAAUGUCUGGUCGAGGAAAGGGCGGCAAGGGUUUGGGGAAGGGAGGUGCAAAGCGUCACCGUAAAGUUCUAAGGGACAACAUCCAGGGUAUCACAAAGCCUGCAAUUCGUCGUCUCGCAAGGCGUGGUGGUGUGAAGCGUAUUAGUGGUCUGAUCUAUGAGGAGACUCGUGGGGUUCUCAAGAUCUUCUUGGAAAACGUCAUUCGUGAUGCUGUGACUUACACUGAGCAUGCUCGCCGUAAGACUGUCACAGCCAUGGACGUCGUUUAUGCUCUCAAGCGCCAGGGCAGAACUCUCUAUGGUUUCGGUGGUUAAUUGUUUUCGGAUUUAACUAAUAAGUUUGUAAAAAUUUUCAGAUCUUCUGUCUGCGAUAUCUCAACUUUCAAUUGAAAUGGAAAAUUUAUGUUUUCUUGUGAAA